CACAGUUCCCUACAAAGGCACAUCUGUCCCUCCUUACUUAAAUGCUUAAACAGUCUUCAUUAUGGGUGGUCUUUUGUAGUAAACAAACAUGGAUAAAAAAGAGAAAGAGAGCACCACAGAGCUCUCCUCCGCAAAUCCCGCUAAGCCAGCUGGGACCUUGACCCUGAGGAACUUCACCAUAUCCAGGAAGAAGCGGGUGUCUGGACAAGCUCUCCUGGAGCCAUGCCACAAGGAGAGUCAGGAUUACAGCCUUAUUCAGUCCAAACUGAGAGAGUCCAGAUUAGACACAAGGAAGGAACAUGGUAAUACCUGGCUGUGGAAAGAUAUAAAGUUAGUGCACAAUGAAGAGUUCCUUAGGGAAUUCUCUGAAAAAAGGUCAGAGAUGCGACAAAAAGGUAGACAUGGUAUGGAAAUGGAAGAAAGAUUUUGCUUUUUGGUUGCAUCAUAUGAAGCAACAACGCAGGUUUACCAGCUUGGCCUAAGGACUGAGAGGCAGGACCAGUAUUCUUUGGGGAAACCAUCACAUGGAGUUUAUCUGUACAAGCAUGUUGAUGUGGCCCUAAAACAUGCAGCUAGCAGCACUUUUAGUGGAAAACAUCUGAUUAUUUUCAAGGUCUUCUUUGGGAAAGUGAAAAAGGUUACGCCAAGCUUGGACUGGAACAGAACUCCAGACCCUAUGAUUUCUUUUGAUUGUCACGUGUCUAAAGAUGCAGUUUCCCAUCGAGACAGUCUUUCCCAGCAAAUUUUGGGCUCAUCUGUGUUUCUGUUCGAUUACAAUGAAAACCAGGAGCUCAACAAAAGACCAAGGCAGUGUUUGCCCUAUGCGGUGGUUUCUUUUGAUCCAGUGAAUAGUGUCACACCACCCAAAUCCACAAGCCCACCAGUUUCACCCAGUAAACUUCCUACUGGCCUCAUGCACGGUCAUUCAGAACAUUUCCGAGGAUGCACUGUGGCUGAGAGACAAGGCGAAGUGGAGAAUGCCACAAUUACAUUCAAGCAUUUUACAACACAAAGCUCGGACAACAAUCCUCAACCUUUUGGAGUAGUUACUUCUCUGAGUCAACAAAAUGAACUGCAAAAUGAACCCUUUCUUUUCAUCCCUCAGCAGCUAUAUGUGCCUGCUUUACAUACAGCGGAAUCCUUCAAUCUCUCUCUGCCAUAUUUUGAUGGUGUUUCUUUGCAAAGCUAUCUGGGAGGAAUUACAUUUCCUUCAAAUGUAGAGCACCUGAGCCCCACAAACACAUCUGGAGGUAAUACAGACAUGUGUGGGGUUACACCCAAAACUUCAGAUGAAGAAAUUUCCACCAUAGUUUUUUCUUCCCAACUCGUCAAGGACCCAAGGUUGUGCAGACAAGAAAAAAACAUCCAGGAGCAAAACUCAGAACAAGAGAAUGGUGGCAGUAAUGAACAGGCAUGCUCAUGGAGCAAAGAAGAGAAGACUGAAUCCUCUAGAACUUCAUAUUGUGAGAAACAAUCAGUACGUAUGGAUGAGGAACAAAGAGAGGAUGUUUUUUUCAAAUCCUCAGUGGAUGAUCAACAUGCACCAGAUCCAAAUCCAAAGCCAAAGACUGAAAAUCUGCCUUCAAUUAAAUUAUUCAAAAUGAAAUUUCAGAAAUAUGCUGCAUAUUUCAAGAUGACAGAGAAGGAGAGACACAAUAAUAUAAUGUCUCGAGAAAAUCUGACGCCAGAACAAAAACAAUUACUGAUUAAUCGCAUAAAUUUCUAUGAAGUACAUUACCAGAGGUAUGUGCAGGGACUGCUGUUUCAAAGAAGCACUGAGACAGAAAAUACUUUAUGUUCAUCUCAUGUAAAGCCCAAAAACAAUAAAAUAUGCCUGUCAACACAGGAAAAAACACCUUCAAUGAUAAAAGAGAACAUAGACAAAAUUAAUCAGUCCAAUGUGAGACCUUCAAUAAGAUCAAAUGUAUCUAAUUUCCCAUCCACGAUGGGUUUGGUAGACACUGAGAGAUAUGAAGUAGACAUGUUUAGCACAGAUAAUGAUAAAAUCACAAAUAUCCGCAUUGAAUCCACAGCAAACACCAUCCAGGAGAAAAACCAGGAUUGGUCGACAGAUCCUCCUGAAUUCUACAUAGAGCCUCAAGAUGGAAGUGUGCUUCAGCCUGUAGAAGUUGACAUUUUAGAACAGUCAUUUGAGCAGGGUCCCUUGCUAAUGAAUACCUCAGAGAAGAACAAAGCCAUAGAAAACAAACUUGACUGUGAAAAAACACAUUGGUAUUCCAAACAAGACCAGGCAAAUGACCAAGCUGUCAGUGAAGGUGAGACUUCCACAAGCACAAGCAAGUCUUUUCGAAGUGAGACUACACUAAGCAGCAACAUGGAAGAGAGUCAUGAAUUUGAGCUGCACAACAUCACAGCCAUGAAUGGGGAGAACUAUGUCGACAUACCAAUCGUCAAUGUGUCAGAGAACAAUGAACUUUCAUUUGUUUCUGCAAUGAGGCAAAAGCAGCAGAAUCAAAUUAUCCCUGAAAAACAAAACAGGGAAUUCAAGACAGAUUCACAAUCUGAUGACAAUUCUGAGAUGUAUAUAGUGGUUAAGAGAGGCGAAUCAUCGGACAACACUAUUUACAGUGCAUUAUAUGAUAGACUAAAGCUGAAUCAGCUAUUGCCCAAUUUAAAUAGAGUAAACAUUUUCUCCAAGAAAUCCUACCUCAUUCCUAAAGAUAUGGAUAAAACACCUGUCAUCAAUCAACGAUACGGUCCCUAUAAUGAAAUAUUGCCAAAUGAAGACAACAGCAAAGCUAAAAUUAGGGACUGGCAAUGUGAAGAUGGCCCCCAGUUUAUGAGGAAGUUCAAACAGUUGUCACGUACAACAGAAAAGCUUAGUCUUUCUGAACGAUUCUCAAAACUGAGAGACUUUCGCAAGAAGACAACUUUAACUGUCCAUGACAAAAAGUUCACCAGCUAUGCAACUGCUCCCACUGGGGAUGCGAAAUCCGAUCUAGCAGCUCUGAUGCGAAGCCGUGAUGGAGGCAAAGGACCCAUAAAUAAUAAUGCUAAACUCAUCCAACUAAUGGCACGGAGGUACAGUGAGAAGAGGUCACUUGCAAAGUGCCAAUGCCUUAGCAGGAAAUGCUCCAAGGCAUUAGGGAGGGAAACAUCCAAAUUUAGUGUAUCGUUGCCUUUAAAAUGUUCAGCUCGGUCAGUAUCUCAUGUGCUGAGGACAGCACUGCAUAUCAGGAAGAUACACCUGCAGAAAGCAAAGAAAAGAUAUAAAGCAAAUCUGGCCUCAAAUAAGAGUUCUCAUUUUAGGGCUUUGCUCAGCAAAAAAACAGUGACUUUGUCUCACCUCUUGUCUUGUACUACUGAGGCAACUAACACUGAUAAAGAUGAUGAUUCAUUGUUAAACUUGGGUGUAAUAUCGCGGUCAUCCGAUCCUCCAAGACACCACAGGGAUGAUGAGUCCAACCAAACAGAUAAUACUGCUAACAUUUCAAGUGAAGACCAUUCUUGUCUGAGCGCAUCUGCCAGUGAAAAUAAGCGAAGUCAUGAUGAUGGGUUUAUGCAUGUCUCACUGUCCAAAGAACAAGGGGCAGAUUCUGAUACUCAGUACACAAAUAAUGUCUGUGGUGAUAUUUCAAGGACGUUAAACCACAAUAUCAAGAAAUCACUGGGAGAACUCACUUUAGACUUCAAAGUUCCAGUAACGACCUAUGAAAAAGAGCCAGAAAGGGGAACAAACAACAACAGCACGUGUCGUCAUGAACAACCUUCUCCAGUCGCAUGUUCUGGCAGCCGUGAGUCACACGGUGCUGAUGGGGACGGUUUAAAAGAAGAAAACAAGUUAUUACAGGUCACCCCACAGCAACCACGAGAAGAAGAGUGUGACACAAAAGAGAUUUCCAGUGAUUAUAAUGCUGGAGCCUAUAAGGACCAGGGUAGGUCUGCUCAGGCAGUCCUGAAUAUCUUGGCAGGAAUAACCUCAAGUAACAAGAUCAGCAGCUAUACUGAAAAAACCCAGACAGACAAGACUCCAGAAUUGCCCAGAAUAAUAAAUGAUGACAAGACGGACGGGUUUUGUCUCGGAACUGUUGUGGACACCACAAGUGCUGUGAGUGGUGUGACCACGCCACUUGUAGAUAUCGUGGUUAAUGUAUCAAAAACAUGUGAGACGGAGGCAAAUGUCAGCGUUCGAAAUAAUGGUCCACAUAAUGAUGCAAAUGGCACUGUCGCAAAUGACAAAGAGUUAUCAAGAGACGUGACAACUAACGCUGACCAGAGCAGUUUAAAAGCACUGAAAGUUGCCAGACACGAUGCUGCAGAAACACUUGCAGGGGGAUUCAUCUUUUCUCGUGGGAAUAUAAAUCAUCCUUCUGAGCCCGCUUCAAGCUCUCAAUACCAGCCUGCUGCCAAGCCUGCGGAAAGCAGUGGGGCAGUGAACUCACAGGUGGAGGCUACGGCAGAUUUGAACAGCGAAGUCAUUACAGAUGCAAAAGAGGCAGACAUUGCCGUAAUAAAGGGCGAUCUGCAUUCAGCCUGGCGAUGUGGGGACAAGAAUAGCAUUCCAAACAUGCCGGAAACACAGCUCAUUACUAAGCUAAGAGAUUAUUUGACCAAAUUUGAAUUCUCUUUCAAGAGACAGGAGUCAGCAAAUGACUCAGUAAAAGAGAGUAAGGCGCCAAUGGCUUGGAUAACUUUAGACAGCACAGCUCAUAAACGGCAGUUAUUGGACAUAAAACACUACAACACACCAGGUUUGUUUAAUAUCAAACAUGGAAAAGACAAUACUCCCAACCUUAUGCAGUCCUCAACAGAAAUUGAAGAGGACUCUCAAAAGGCCAAGGUUCUAACUGAAACACUCAACAACCCAGUAACCCCUACCAGACCAAAGACAAACAAAGGCUGCAAUCAACCCAAACGCUCUACAUCAAAGAGAAGGAGAAGGAACAAAGAGGUAAAUGUUAGUCCGUAUAGUACCAGUAUUUUGGAACCAGUCCAAAAACAUUCUCAUUCACAUCUACUGGUAAACAAAAACACUGAUUCGCUGCAGACUUCUACAAGUUUACCCAAGACACAGCAGCACUGGAUGCAAAAUCACACAAAAUUAGUACAAAAAAAUCAGAUUAUCUGUUCCCAAAGUUCAGGAGACCUAAAUGGACUAAGCAGGCAGCAAGGUCAAGUAAACCAAUCAGAGGCUGAGAAAGCAAAUGAAACAACCCUGUAUGAUGAAUGGGUAGACAAUACCUAUGUCCAGAGAGAGUUCAAUGUCAUGGACAUCUCCAGCACUCUAAAGUUGGCUGAUCAUGCACUUUCGUUGGCAGAGCUUGAACCUCUGCAGUUGAAGUGCCACAGCAUGCUGUGGCAUUUCAUCUGCAACUUUGAACGAGAUCAGCAGGUUUCUUUUAACCAGUCCGGUGUUUCAAGGAAUCUAAUCUUGGAAAAAUAUCUAGACCAUCCACCUGCAAAAGUAGAGUUGAAAUUUGAGGCACUGAAUUCUCUCUUGGAACUCCAGAUGAUGAUGGAAGCUUGGCAGUUUGUUGAAAAUAAAGUCAACUUUCUGAGAAGAAAGCCAACAUUUAGGAGUUUACUAUGGUAUGAUCCAACUCUCUAUGGUGAACUCCAUAAGGGGGCUGUGGGGUUUCAGCAACAGUCAUCAUUGUUUUCACUAUUCCAGCAAUGCCUUUCUACUGAAGGCCAUGGAAAAUUGCAGGAAUACCAUGUUGCAGUGUCAACUUUGCACCAGCAACUGCAAGAUGCCCCUGACACAUCAUACUACAUGUACCUGAAAAGUAAACGAGAGAGGCUUGAAAUAGAAGCUGCCCUCAGGAAUCCCCAAGAUGUUAAGAGUUUCUUUCUGUCUGUACCAAUAGCUGUCAUGAUCAACUUCGGAGACAGCUUGGAAAGUUUGGAAAAAACAUACCGUAUAGUGAUGACUUUUGUUGAGACACCGUCAGAUUGCCUGCCAGGGAUAUUUGAUGUGGGGAAGGCAGAGCAUCUGUCCAUUUUAUGUAGGUAUCUUCAAGAAAAAAUGGUCUUUCUGAAAUCCUGUGAACAUAUCAGUAAGGUGUCAUGGUUUGGCCUGGAGCAUCUUCUUUAUGAUGCAUCUAAGGUUCUCGUAUGGAGGGAAUCAGAACAUGGAAUGCCUAAUGAAGUGCUGACAAAAUACAAAAGUUCAAAUCAACAAAUUGUUUAUGGGGUGACAGAGACUGGAAUAGCUCUGGUUAAUAAAAUGGAUCAACACCCUCAGUUAAUAGAGAGAUUUCAACUCACAUCACAGCAGCAUAUGGAUGCUCUCAGGAAAUACAGAAAUACCCAGUCAGGGAUGUCCACUAACAGAAAAGAUAGGCUGAACAUUGGAACUGAAGGUGGAAAUAAAGUAACCCGUCGACCAAACAAAAGAAGGGCAACUCAUCCUCCCCUAAGAUGUAAUGAUGGCGGUGUUACCCCGUAUACUCAAACAAAUUUGGCAGCUCAACUUGGAACCCAAACUCCUUACACUACCUUUCCCCCGAAAAGUAAUUCAGUGCACUGGAAGAUGGCUGGAAGGCAUGCUUGGGAUUGGAACCCACCGAAUGUAGUCCAAGCCUCAAUGUCGCGUUCUGAAAUAAGGGCUCUGCUGCUGUCGAGAAGGAAGACAAUGCCGAAUACAGUGAUCACCUCAGUGAUGAACAUCCAGAACAACCAUGUAGUCAGGCAGCAAAAAUGGCCUCCACCACUGAUUAUGAAUCCUGCGGCUGCUGAGAGGAUGAACCAUCCGCCAGGGAGCGGCACCGAGCUUCCUAAAGAGCAGCUGACUCAGUCCACAAUGCCCAUGGUCCAGUCUUGCUCUUUCUCCAAUUUCCCUCUGGAUGCAGUUUCUGUAGCACCUUCAGCUGUGAGCAUUCAGCCAUUCAGAAACACUCUGAAUCAGGUCCCACGGCAUAGCAAACCACCCCCGAUAAACUACCCUUAUUUUGUCUUCAAUGGGCAAACGUAUUCCAAUGUAGGCUCCUCCGUGUCUACAUCAGUCCUUGAUGCUGAGAUGCAACACCAUCCUCAUGCUGUUUAGAGAGAGUUUACAUCUUGUACCAUUACCUGCGUGUUUUGUAAUUAGAUGGUAUUAAUUUAUUUGUAUUAAAUCAAAGUGUUCUUGAGUUAGAACAGAGAAAUAUAUUUUCUCAAUUUGAGGGGAGUUUGAGGAAAUUUUGACUGCUCCUCUUGUCUGUCUCCAGUCAUAUAUUCCAGUACAAUAUUAUUUGUUAAACACAUUCAGUGUAAAUAGAAACAAAAAAAAUGACGGCUUUUUAUAGUUUUAGAUACCAGGCUUGUAACUGUAUAUUUUUCCCUUUCUAUUUAUAAAGUAUGGCAUUUUAACCUCAAA